CUCGAAGCGCGAGAUUUGGUGUAUUAAAAACGCGCUGCGCACGCCGAGCUCAGACAGAGUUUAGCAAGCGAACAGUGAACAUUGUGCUUACUCCAAGUAACCAGACGACUACGAUUUAUUAUUAUAUAUACGAAACGAACGAUACAAAAGCGAUAAAACAUGUCGAAAGCUCCAGCUGUUGGAAUUGACUUGGGCACCACGUAUUCCUGCGUCGGUGUUUUCCAACAUGGAAAAGUUGAGAUCAUUGCAAAUGAUCAAGGAAAUCGAACGACACCGAGUUAUGUCGCCUUCACGGACACAGAAAGACUGAUCGGCGACGCGGCCAAAAACCAGGUCGCGAUGAAUCCGAACAACACCAUUUUCGACGCGAAGAGAUUGAUCGGUCGCCGCUUCGAUGAUGCAACUGUACAAAGUGACAUGAAACAUUGGCCCUUCACGGUGGUGAACGAUGGAGGCAAACCAAAAAUCAAGGUUUCGUACAAGGGUGAAACGAAGUCCUUCUUCCCCGAAGAAGUAUCUUCGAUGGUACUUACGAAGAUGAAAGAAACAGCAGAGGCGUAUUUAGGAAAGACUGUCACCAACGCUGUCAUCACCGUUCCUGCGUACUUCAAUGACUCUCAGAGACAAGCCACCAAAGAUGCGGGAGCAAUAGCAGGCUUAAACGUUUUGAGAAUAAUCAACGAGCCAACCGCGGCGGCGAUAGCUUAUGGUUUAGACAAAAAGUCAUCAGGAGAGAAGAACGUAUUGAUCUUUGACUUGGGAGGUGGCACCUUCGAUGUCUCCAUUUUGACUAUUGAAGAUGGCAUCUUUGAAGUCAAAUCAACGGCAGGCGACACUCACCUCGGUGGUGAAGACUUCGACAAUCGAAUGGUGAAUCAUUUCGUUCAAGAGUUCAAGAGGAAGUACAAGAAGGACUUAAGCUCGAAUAAGAGGGCGCUUAGACGAUUGAGAACCGCAUGCGAAAGGGCCAAGAGAACAUUAAGCUCGUCAACGCAAGCCAGUAUCGAAAUAGAUUCUCUUUUCGAGGGCAUUGAUUUCUACACAUCGGUCACCAGAGCCAGAUUCGAAGAACUUUGCGCGGAUCUAUUCAGAAGCACAUUGGAACCGGUUGAGAAGGCUCUGAGAGAUGCAAAAAUGGACAAGGCUCAUGUUCACAGUAUCGUUCUAGUCGGUGGGUCUACCAGGAUACCAAAAAUUCAAAAAUUAUUACAAGACUUUUUCAAUGGGAAAGAGUUGAACAAGUCGAUCAAUCCCGACGAAGCUGUCGCCUAUGGUGCAGCUGUACAGGCUGCUAUCUUGCACGGUGACAAGUCUGAAGAAGUCCAAGACUUACUGUUACUGGACGUUACGCCACUGUCUCUGGGUAUAGAAACAGCUGGUGGUGUGAUGACAACUUUGAUCAAACGGAACACAACGAUACCGACCAAGCAAACUCAAACCUUUACCACAUAUUCGGACAAUCAACCUGGUGUUUUGAUCCAAGUAUACGAAGGAGAGAGAGCUAUGACCAAAGACAAUAACAUUCUCGGCAAAUUCGAGCUUACUGGCAUUCCACCUGCGCCUAGGGGCGUACCUCAGAUCGAAGUCACAUUCGAUAUCGAUGCUAAUGGUAUUCUGAACGUCUCUGCUGUUGAGAAAUCAACCGGAAAAGAGAACAAGAUUACCAUCACGAACGACAAGGGACGAUUAUCGAAGGAAGAUAUCGAGAGGAUGGUGAACGAAGCGGAAAGAUACCGCAACGAAGAUGAACAACAACGCGAUAGGAUAUCCGCCAAGAAUGCAUUGGAGUCUUAUUGCUUCAACAUGAAGAGUACAAUGGAGGAUGAGAAGAUCAAAGAUAAGAUCGAUUCAUCUGACAAGCAGAAGGUUAUCAAUAAAUGCAACGAAGUAAUCUCAUGGUUGGACGCGAAUCAACUAGCGGAGAAGGAGGAAUUCACCGAUAAACAGAAGGAAUUGGAGGCUGUCUGCAGUCCUAUCGUUACUAAAUUGUACCAAGGCGGAGCCGCACCUGGUGGAUUCCCUGGUGCUGCUCCAGGAGCCGGUAGCGCAGGUGCUGGAGGACCAACCAUCGAAGAAGUUGAUUAAAUACAAUACAACUGUCCACUGAACUGAACAUCUUUUUACGCUUCAUCUUAUUUAUUUCAACUGUACAGUCAUGAUCAUUAAUUUUCAUAUUCGUUUACAUGAAUGGUAUAUAUUUUGUGAGGUCAGAGACUUUAUUUUGCUGUAAGAAAAUAUUUAAAUUCGUAAUAUAUACAUAAUUUAUUUGUUACAAAAGAA